AUGAAAAAUGGCUUAAGCGUCACAUCUGCGGUAGUAACGAUGGUGACGUCAAUGAUGGGGACGGGAAUCAACUACAUGCCCUAUGCAUUCAAGAGUGUCGGAUAUGUCCGGGGCAUACUUCUGAUAAAUAUAGUUGGGGUGCUGACGUUUUUCUCUCUGUAUGCGAUUUCCAUUGCAGCAAACAAGUCUAAGGAGCCAAACCCAACAUACUCGUCGCUGUCAUCCCAGAUUUCAAAGCCGUUCAAGACUCUGGUGGACAUGUCCAUAUUCAGCGGGUGCUUUGGCGUAAAUGUGGUUUUCUACAGAUACCUUGCAGAGCUUAUUACAAUGAUGUUUCCAAUAGGAGAGUAUGUUGACCCUGAGAUAGGGCGGAAGAUGGUUGUUGUUGCCCUUGCAGUUCCUUUCCUCCUGCUAUCGUUGCAGAAGAAUCUAUCCAACCUCAAGGUGACAUCAUACAUCACGGUUGCAUCUGUAAGCUAUCUCGCGAUGCUUAUGGUUGUGUACUGUCUAUUUAUUGGAGGGAGUUGUGCAGACGAGCCCAUCCAGAGGUUUGGAUCUGAAUUUUCAAGCGGUGUCUCCUGCUUUAUACUUGCGUUGUCGUGCCAGGCCAACAUGGUUAAGACAUACACCGAGCUGGAGCACAAGUCUGUGGGCAACAUUGUUAAGGUUGCAGUGGGGGCCGCAUUUUUUGGUACCCUUAUUUAUGGAAGUGUCGGGCUUUGCGGAUACAUUGUGCUUGGACACUCGAUAAAAAGUUCGAUAAUCGACAUACUGAUAAAUCCCAAGAGCAACAUCAAUGUGUAUCUUAUGAGCCACACCAUCGAUAAGUAUGCGGUGUCAUCAAGAAUAGCAUGCUUUGGGGCAAUGCUGGUUCUGUUUGGAGGAUUUCCCGUUCAGAUGAACCCAUUGGCUGGAAUGUCUCUUGGUUACUUUAUGAAAGAGGGAAGCAACGAGGAUAUAGUAAGAAGGAAGGUAGUGUGCGUGAUGAUGUCUAUGUUUCUGGUCCUGGGGCUCAUAAAGGAGCUCAACAUUGACACUAUACUGAAGAUGAUUGGGGCCACUGCCGUCAAUCUAGUUUCGUUCACUUAUCCUUGCAUAUACUAUCUUCAUUUCAGUAAGAAGAUGGACCUGAUGUCUGGUAUGGCUGCAGUCUUCGGGGUUGGCAGCUUGGUGUCAAUGGUUUAUAUGUCAUAUAACAUACUGACAACAUAA